CAGACAACGAAAGAAGAUAGUACGUUUUCGGUCAAGGAAAAUAAUAUUUUGUUGGGAAAAAGGAGUGAAGAUCUGUUCCACUACUCGUACCAUGUCGCAAAGAGGAAAGAUACCGAUCAGAGAUCAGAAACAUGGAACGAAGUGGAUUGAAAUACACCAAACCCAGCAAAUUAUCUGGUUUAGCAUUAGCGGAAAGCAAUCAUGUCAGCUCCCAACAAAGAUGACAUGGAAACUACUGUUAGCAGGAGCAUCGAUGGUUACAGCGAUGAAAACGAUGGCAAUAGUAGCAGUACGAACGGCAUCAAUAGGGAUCGAUAUUACGAUGGUGUAUAUUAUGGUGAUAGCGACGAUGAUCCUGCCGCUUUGCUUUUGGCACUAGACGAAGCCGAACGGAAUGAAUCUUCAUUUGAUAUUCUUGCCGACCACGGCGAAUUUUCGUAUAGCGAGCACGAUCAGCGCAUGUACACGCCUGCACUGGACAUAGAUGCUCUUUUACCACCGGAUAACAAUAUGCUGCCUAUUUCGGAGGAGGAAGGAGAAGUAGGAGGUGGCACAGCAUCUUCUUCCCUGUACGAAAUUCCCAGCGGAUACCGCAACAAUCGCAGUCUCGCCGAAACGCAAGGAGAAGACGAACUGGAUGACGUCGUUGACGACGAGGAUAUGUCUUCUCAAACCUCGUCUCUUUCCGGUUCUGAGCCAUCGAGAUCCAUUCAGGAGAAAGUUGUCGAAAUUAACACUUUCUUGGACGAUGCCAUGCAACAACAACCAAGCAACAAAGCCAACAGAGGUUUUGCCAAAACCGGAUCCGGUGCCAACCUUUGGAAUCGCUUUAGCGCCAAAGGAAGUAGCUUCGAUGAGAAUGCUAGUGCCGUUAGCGAUGCUAGCUUUUUGAAAAAAGGCACCGUGUCGCUGGUGCAGGAGCUCGUAGCUGCCGAUGCAUCAUAUUUGAACAGUAAGAGAAAAAGUGGCGGUAGCCCUACGGAGGAUCCCGAAGCCCUGGCCACUGCCCUCCUGCCGUCGGCUCCAGUUGGGGAAGAAGUUGACGCAGGCGCAGAUACAAUACAGCAAAAGCGGUAUUUCGUCCGUAGGGCUAUCUGGUGUGCUAUCCUUAUUAUUGUCUUGAUUUCUGCGGCUGGGACUACUGCGGGUUUAUUGAUAGCUAAGAACCGCAGAAACAACAAUGAGACGACAACAGAAGUAGUUGUUUCCCCCGGGGAGACCACAGAAAAGAAAAAUGAAACAUCUUUUGAUUCGACAAAUAAUAGUUCUGCACUUGAUGAAGUGAAUAACAGCAGUAUUGGCUUUAGCAACAGCAGCUCCAACAGCAGUGAUGCUAACGAUCAGAACGGUCCUUCUUCAUCGUCCUUGUUGAAUCCUUCCAUGCGACCUUCGACUGCUCCAUGGAUAACAAGCACAAAUUUCCCCUCCACAAUGCCUACUAAUACAAUCUCGUUAUCUCCGGUUCAAACCGCCUCCGUAGAGCCAUCAGUUCGCGACGACAAUGACACCAACGAACCAAGCAAAGAAGACAAUGCAGAAAUCACAGGAGAUGAUGUUAUCGACAAGAGCGAUCGACCAUGGGACGACGACGAUUUUCAGCCGAUCGAGAUUCAGGGCGACGACGAUUUUUACAAAAAUGGAGAAGAAGAAGACAACGAUGGAAUCAAAGGAGGGGGAUUCGAGGAUGACAAACCUGUAGAUCAACCCUCGGGAGACGACGACUUUCAACCAAUCGAAAUGUUGGGCGAGGAUGAUUUUUACACCGGUAUUGAACCUCAAGACCCGUUGCAUGACAACACGAUGGGUGUACCCAGUGCUGUUGUUCACGACAAGAAACAGAAGCAAACGAAAGAAUCAAAGAUUAAUAGCACCAAAAAGAAAAAGUCAAAGAGCACUAAAACCAGAACGAAAAAGCCUAAGAGCACUAGAACCAAGGAGCAAAAGAACGAGAUUCCACACAGCGAGGAUUCAGUGGAUGGAUCUCUCCUUUACGGAUCAGCCGAAGCGGUAAAUAUCAAGCAGCGGUCCUUUUUCUCGAAGGGUAGAAACAUCGAUCCCCAACCGUCGCGUUACAGAACUUACGAUCGUCGCUAUCCCCAGCCGCAACUACAUAAUCAGUAUUAUGGUAAGCGUCCUCAAAAAUUCUGGUACCAUAAAUACGACAGCAACCCGUAUUUGUCGGUGAAGACGUUUCGAAAACAACCACAUAAGUGGCGACAGCAACAGAAGCAGUGGCGAAGAAUUCCACGGGGGUAUUAGAAUAGAGGGAUGAAAAACAU